ACACGGAACGGACGAACCUACUUCCAAGCGAACGUUAUCUCGUGAUCGCAUAAUCUCGCGUAACUUCGAUCUUUUAGUGGUGAUUGUGUUGAAAUCGAAAAUCAAAAUAGAAGAAAGUGCUUCGAGUAGCGGUAGAGCAUCAUUUGUGCUGGAUUAUUCUGUUAACUAUAAAUCAAUAGAUCCCAAUUUCGAAGCUUACCAAUGAACCAAGAAUACAAGAUAAGCGCCCGCCGCGGAAACAAAACCUCACCGCAGUGCAGUAGCAACCUGUUCGGCAUCGUUUCCGCUAAACCGGUAAGGCUGUCGUUGGUGAUCUGUUUACUAGUCACACUGACACAGGUCUCCGCCAGACCUUCGGACGCUUCGUCAUCGACCGCCGAUCGCAGUAGCCCGGCAGAGACAGCUUCCGUUGUGCAUCACCAGCUCGAACGUCGUUCGGCGGAAGAACAGACCGACGGCGACUACUAUGAUGAGGACUAUUUGCGUGUCAAGCGUUGUUACGAGGAUGAAGAUGUCAACGAACUGUGUCAACGCUGUUCCAAGGUGACGAAAUCAUCUCUCGUGUUUCCGAUGUGCUGUAGUAAUGAGGACGAAACGAUGGACUGGUGCCGAGCGUAUGUGUACUACGGCAUACAGACCUAAUCCGUUUGCUGUCUCGAUCUGGCGCACUUGAAAGUGCAAACUCCACUUAAUCUAGUUGAAUAGACCGUAAACAUCGUGCGCGUACAUUAUUUAUUCAUGUGUAAGUGUCCUACUCGUGUUCAUGUCGUCUGUGUCUCAUCGUUGUAAUUUAUUGAGCCAUAAUUACUUAUUCCUUUUAAGGUAAAGUUUGAGAUUAAAGACUGCUGAUUGUUCUAUGUUUUUAAAAUAUUCAUAAUAAUUACCCAAUUCGUCUGCUCUAUCGAUCUUGUUGGUAUUUUGCGGAAGAUAAUUACUUUGCGGAGAUUAGAAUCUGUAAAUUAGAGGAGAGUUCUAGAUAAAAUAAGUUUUAAAAUGUUACAACAUGCCGAGAUUUAAUUCCAUCUAGAACAUAUAAUCAUGAUUUGAUUUCAUAUCUUUAACAUCCUCAGUUAUUAGCCAAAAGAAAACCAAUAAAAUCGAUAUGAUAAUAUCUCAGACAACAGAUAAACAAGUUAAGUUUUCAAUGUGUGUAAGAUAUUCAAUUGACACUUCGAGUAGUUGAAAUCGAACUUGCAUACAAUAUUAACUUAUGUGUAAUAAAUCGUGCGCAACUGUAAUCUGGACCUAACUUCACUUGUAUGCUUCUACCAGCUUGGAUGUCUGUUCUCUGUGAUAAUGUUUUCAACAUAUAGAGCUCAACUGACUAGUUCAGUUAGCGAAGUACAGUUAAUGAGCCGUAAGACUUAAUUCAAUAGUUAGGAUAACUGCCUUUAAGCACAUCAAAUAUGAAACUAUAGUGCAUCAAUA